GGACAAAGACGGCGCCACCAUGGCUCUCAGCGCGGCCGCCAGAGGCUCCGGCACCAAGGAUCUGGAAUCUCUUGACACCUAUAUCCAGAACACACUGUCUUCCCUCUACCCACCUUUUGAGGCCACAGCAGCCACUGUGCUCUGGCAGCUAUUCAGUGUGGCUGAGAGGCUCCAUGGUGGGGAUGGGCUGCGCUGCCUCACUGACUUCCUCAUCCCAGCCAAGAGGGUCCUACAGCACCUGCAGCAGGAAGCCUGUGCCAAGUACACAGGCCUCAUCUUCUUCCAUGAAGGCUGGCCACUGUGCAUCCAUGAGAAGGUGGUGGUGCAGCUGGCGUCCCUCCGCGGAGUUAGGCUCAGGCCUGGGGACUUCUAUCUACAGGUCACUUCGGUGGGGAAGCAGUCAGCCAGACUGGUUUUAAAAUGCCUCUCCCCACUUGGACGGGGCUCUGAAGAAGUUACUGUCCCUGAGUCCAUGUACGGCUGCAUCUUCACGGGAGAGUUCCUGGAAGAGCUGAACAGGGAGCGGAACAGUGUCCCCUUGCAAAACUGCCUGCUGACCUCAGGCUCUGCUGUCUUCCGCACCCCGUGGAGCAACGUCACAGACCCCAUCUUUGUCCCAGCGUUCAGAACCAUCCGGCCCCACUGCAGCUGCCCCGGGCCUGAGCCGCCACCCGCGAGAAGUGCCUCCAGAGCUCUGGCCCCAGCACCAGCCAUGGCCAGCUCUCGUCCCCAGGAGCGCGCCCCUCCCCGUGACACCCCCACCCUGCGCUGCUGUGGUGGGCAGCCCAGCAGUGACCAGCCCUUCCGCCAGCCUUCCGCAGGAGGCGCUGCACAGGAAAGCCCUAAGAGCACAUUCCAGAGCUCCAACGGAGGCCUUGUUGGGGUUGGGCCCUCAGAGCCAGGCUUGUGGGAAGGACCAAGAGGGAGCCUGGACCCCACAGACAAAAGGCACGGCCCCCAGGCCCUCACUGUCUGUGAGGACAUGGGCAGCCCAGGCUCCGGAAGACAGUCACCCAGGGACCCAGCCUGCAAGGAAGGCAGACGCUGGUUCCGCAGGUCCUACAUGGAGGCCUUGCAGAACCCCAUGCGCCUGGGCUCCAGCUCCGAAGAGUCCCUCGGGGAUGAGGCCUGCAGCUCCGGGACCACAGGAGCCGGGGCAGCAGCCAGCCCAGCCCGGAAGGAAACCCCCAGCCCCUGGGGAGACCCCAGGGGGACCCCGACUCAGGAAAGCCACCCGGGAGCCACUAGGAGCACCCUUCCCCGGCGGUCUCGGUCCUGGGACAGGUCCACCAGGGGCUCCCGAGGGGAGGCCCGGCGGGCCUCCCAGCACGCGGCCGGUGCCAGGCCUGGAGGUCUCUCAGGAGGACAGGUCACGGGGAGCAGGAGGGCAGGCUCCGGCGGCCCCUCCUGCAACACAGCGGAGAGCCCAGCCAGUCUUGACACCAACAGCAGCGCCUUCCGAGGUCAUGCUCCUGGCUGGGUUCCAGACGUGCUUGUUAAGCCGCUGUGCCCAGAGGGAGAAAGACAGCCGCCCGGCACGGGAGAGCUGCCCGGCCCGGUACCCAGGCAGGUGGUGGAGGUCGGCCAGGAGCUCCUGCAGUCCGGGGUCAUUACCCUUCCAGGGACCCGAGACCACCAGGGGAGAGCAGUGGUACAGGUGUGCACGACGAGCCCGCUCUGGUCCAGCAAACACAGCUCCAGCGCCGAGCUGACCCGCCUGUUGCAGUACCUCCAUGGCAUUCCCAGGAAGGAGGUGCGGGACCUGGGGCUGGUCAUUCUGGUGGAUGCCCGCAAGGGUCCUGCCGCGCCUGCUCUCUCCCGGGCCCUGGCGGCACUUCAGAACACAGCUUCUCCCAUAAUUCAUAGUAUUGUGUUCUUGGUGAAUAAAGAAUCAGCUUUUAGGCCUGACAAGGAUGGAAUAAUUCAGUGUGAGGUGGUGGGCUCCCUGAAGGCCUUGCACAAGCUUGUUGACAGCUCCCAGCUGACUGCAGACCUUGAUGGCUCUUUUCCCUACAGCCACAGUGACUGGAUCUGCUUCCGCAGGAAGCUGGAGCCCUUCACCACAAACUGUGAGGAUGCCAUUGUUUUCCUACAAAAUUCAGCCCGAUCCCUAAACACCCACAGGACUCUAAGUACAACACAGGAGGUCACAGACUUAAUCAGCAAGCACAAGGCAACGAUGAAGUGUGUGCUCGAAGACGCACUGCUGGUCGCCCUCCGGUUGGAGGGUGGCGCUGUGCUGGCGCGCCUGAAGAGGGAGCAGCAUGGCACCAGCCAAGACUGCCGGGAUGCCAUCGAGGUCGCCUCCAGUCUGUACAGUCAAGUGGACGAGGAGGUCCACAGGGUGGUCCUCGCCUCUAACAGGUGUCUGCAGGAGCUGGAGAGGCUACAGGAAGUGAGGGUGCUCCAGGAAGGACAAGGCCAGGUGGAUGGGUGGAUGCUGCAGUGCCUGGAACACCUAGGCCCCGAGCGGGUCACUGAGUAUCUGAAGAGCUGUCACCAGGAGGCCACGGAGCUACCUGCACAGAGCUUCCCCAGGGCAAGCACAGUGGAGGCAGGCCUGGGCGGCUGGCGGGCACUGCCGCCGUGGCAGCGCUUACAGCUGCAGAGCCAGCAGACCCGACUCUGCUCCCCAGAGGCCCCUUCUGGGGCUGCCCCGGACCCUGGGGCCCCACCUCUGGGCUGGAGCCCCCCGCAGCAUGGGCUUGCCCAGGGGGCUGAGAGGAGGCACUGUGAGCCAUCUUGGACGCCCCCCCCCGCCCCGGAGAGCCACACUGGAGAGCGCGCCCAACCGCUGCCGGGCCUUCCUGGACAAGCCGCUCUCUGCAGGCAGGAGGGUGAGCACCUGGCCCCGGGGGUGCAUUCCCCAGACGGCAGCCCUACCUGCUGCUCCGAGCCCAUCCAGACACCUACCACCCACCCCAAGAAAUAUCCCUUGAAGAAAAUUAUGAGAAAAACACAAAGCUUUGAGAUUCCACCGCUUGACAGUGGCCCCCGGGACUCCCACUGGCCAGGCCACACUGGGGUUUUCAUCAGUGGCCUGGAGGUGACCAGCACCGUGGCCUCAGAGAAGAACCCCCCGCCGAGGCCCCAUGCCGAGAGCCCCCUGGUCACCCGGAGCCGGAGUCUGUCCUCUCCCUGCAGGACCCACCCCUCCGAGGAGGACAGGAGGAGGCAAGCAGGAAGCAGCCGACUGCAGCACAUAAUGGCGGAGAUGGUUUCCACGGAGAGGGAGUAUGUUAGGUCCUUAGGAUAUGUCAUCGACAACUAUUUUCCAGAAAUGGAAAGGACAGACCUGCCUCAGGACCUUCGAGGGAAGCACAGCAUUAUCUUUGGGAACCUGGAGAAGCUCUAUGACUUUCACCACCAGCAUUUCCUCGCGGAGCUGGAGCGCUGCCGGCCCUGCCCCUUGGCAGCGGGCCGCGGGUUCCUGAGACACGAGGAACAGUUUGGCAUGUACGCACUUUACAGCAAGAACAAGCCCCGGUCAGAUGCCCUGCUCUACAGCCACGGCAACGCCUUCUUCAAGGACAAGCAGCGGGAGCUGGGAGACAAGAUGGACUUGGCCUCCUACCUGCUGAAGCCCGUGCAGCGCAUGGGCAAGUAUGCACUGCUGCUCCAGGACCUGGUCAGGGAGGCCAGCUGCUGCCCCGCCUGGGAGCAGGAGCUGGGUGAACUUCGGGCUGCUGAGGACGUGGUCCGCUUCCAGCUGCGCCACGGCAAUGACCUAUUGGCAAUGGACGCAGUCCGAGGCUGUGAUGUAAAUCUGAAGGAGCAGGGGCAGCUGAGGUGCCAGGACGAGUUUAUCGUUUGCUGUGGAAGGAAAAAGUAUCUGAGGCAUGUCUUCCUCUUUGAAGACCUUAUCCUGUUUAGCAAGACCAAAAAGGUGGACGGAGGCUACGACACCUACGCGUACAAACAGUCCUUCAAGACAGCUGAGAUUGGCAUGACGGAGAACAUUGGAGACACCGGCCUGAGGUUUGAGAUCUGGUUCCGCAGACGGCGGAAACCCCAGGACACCUACGUUCUCCAGGCCAGCUCUGCAGAGGUCAAGACAGCCUGGACCCAUGUGUUGGGGCAGAUCCUGUGGCGGCAGGCUCUGCGGAACAGAGAGCUCAGAAUGCAGGAAAUGGUGUCAAUGGGGAUGGGCAACAAACCGUUCACGGACAUCCAGCCCAGCGAUGCAGCCAUAAGUGAUCGGGCCAUCAGGAAGGGGGCAGAGUCACGGAGCCGAGCACCCAUAGCUGUGCCCCCCUGUGACCACGCUGCCUCCUUUAAGAGGCCACACUCUACCAUCUCAGACAGCAGCACCUCCUCCUCUGGCAGCCAGUCCUCCUCUGCCCUGGGGCCCCUGGGCCUGCAUGCUGCUGCCAGCCCAGCCCUGAGGGGCUCUGCCUCCUGCCCCUGGCCGUACGACAUGCGCACCUGCUUCGAGGAGGAGGAUGAGCUGGAGCAGGAGACGGGGAGGCAGCCUUCCACGUUGACCGAGUGCACGUCAUUGGGGGCCGGUGGCCUCGGGCUCCCAGGGCUGUUCCCUGAGGAGGGCCACCAGAGCGCCUCCCCUGCUGUCCUCAGGAGGGGCUCCCAGCCGCAGCUCCACAGCCAGUUCACCACAACCGGUCAGAACGUUUUUACCUCUAAAUGCAUCGUGAUGCCAGCCGAGGUGACUGCCCUGUAGGCUCUGCCUGGACCCAGACCCAGGGAUGAAUCCACCAUGAGUGCAGCCAGCCUUGCAGAGAAUGCCCUUGUCUCUGUUACCCUGACCUCGCCCAUGCUGGCCCCAAGUGCUUCUACUUUUU